AUGGACAAGUGUAACAAGUUCAAGGUGUUCACCUGCCUGCUUAUACUCUGUUCCAGCAACAUCUUCUUGUUCCGCUACUUCAGUAAGCCAGGGUACCACUUAGUGGCCAAAUCAGUAACUACAGCCAGCAAACGGACGCGAUCUGAUUUCCGGAGUAUGGUCAUCAUGGAAACUACAGAAAUAAAAAGAGUUCCUAGCAACUCACGAAAUAAUUUCACAACUGAAAACAUCUACAAAGGAGAUACCGUUUCUGAUCGAAUCAUUCAUCCUCUUAUUGAACUGGAAUUUCAAAGCACAUAUAAGAAACCAAACACCAGUUCGCUUCCUCAGCACACAGUAUAUUCUGAUCAGAACAAAAUAGAAGGAAGUCUUUCUGCGAGAAGUUUAACAAAUGAGACGCUGAAAACAACAUCACAUGCUGAAGUACUGUGGGUAUCAACGCCAGACAGCAAAACUCUGUGCCCUCUUGUGCCUCCUGGUUUAAACGGACGACUAGCCAUCUAUAUGCAAGAAUACUCUUGGGAGGAUAUAGCCGAGGAAAACCCUCGACUUCUCCCUGGUGGUCGAUACAAACCCCAAGACUGCGUGGCCAGGCACCGUGUGGCUAUCAUCAUCCCAUACAGGAAUCGUGAUAAGCAUCUGAAGAUUCUUCUGCAAAACCUCCAUCCCAUGUUGGCGAGGCAGCAGUUGGAUUAUGGUAUAUAUGUUGUUGAACAGGCACUUCCAGGAAAGUUUAAUCGAGCCAUGCUGAUGAACAUUGGCUAUGUUGAAGCAAUGAAAAGAUACGACUACCAGUGCGCGAUCUUCCAUGACGUCGACCUGGUCCCAGAAAAUGACUGGAACAUAUAUUCUUGUCCAGAGAUGCCCCGGCACAUGUCUGCUGCUGUUGACAAGUUUCAAUACAGAUUGCCUUACAGUGACAUUUAUGGCGGAGUCAGCGCUGUUAGCAAAGAGCAGUUUGAGAACAUUAACGGUUUCUCCAAUAUGUUCUUCGGCUGGGGAGGAGAGGAUGACGAUAUGUCUUACAGGAUUAAGGCUGCUGGCUUAAAAAUCACCCGGUAUCCUUUAGACAUCGCUAGAUAUAAGAUGAUUAAACAUGUGCACGACACUGGAAAUGAGGUAAACCCCAUGAGGCAUAAAUUACUUGAAGCUGCAACAAAGAGAAUGGCUGUGGAUGGCCUUAACUCGCUUGUUUAUCAAGUAUUACAGGUCGAAGAAUUGCCAACGCAUCUUAAGAUCCAGGUUCUCAUCAAAGAAGAAGACAUUUUAAAGCCUUGA